CUAAACUCAGCUUUACUCGUUCGCUGUAAACGUUUUAAUAUUUUUAUACGAGUGUUAGUGUUGCAUAUUGUUUACGAUUGUAGCCGCGCCAUGAUUUUAUAUUUUUCAUUACUACAUUAUCGGCAGGAAAGUGAAGCUUCCGGCUGUGACGUAGCCGGCGUUUGUCUGCAUGUUAGCUCUUUAUGUUUGUGUUUCUGUCAACAAGAGCUUAUCUGAAACGGUGUCAGGGAUGAGCCGGAGUCCACAGGGGGUGCUGUUUAAAUUUGUGACGUUUUAUUUUUUAAAUGAGACGUAAAUGUGCGGUGAAGCUCUAGUAGCCUGGACACCAGUGCCAUGCCUGUUGUGACAGACAGAGACUUCAGGUUGAUGAUUCAGCUUCGUGCUGCCAACGCCGCCAUCUUCACAGGAAAGAAGAACUCUGCUUGCCGAGGCUGGAGGGCCAUCAGUAAGGAGAUGGGACUGCUGGGACAGGUCUCACCACGGCAGCUGAAGAAGAAGUGGGACUACCUGAAGGAGAAGUACAUGGUGUUGAAGUUCCCUCCUGCAGGCAUGGAGAACAUGUCCAAACCCAGCUCCUGGCCCUGGUUCCACCUCAUGGACCAGGCCAUGACUGGUAAGCUGGCCGGUAAGAUCAUCACUCCAUCCCAGAUGGAAGAAGACGAGGAUCUGGAUGGCAGUUUUCAGACGCUCAGCCCUUCAAACAUGGAGGACGACGCCUCCAGUCUGGAGGUUCUAGAGACAGGAAGUCCUCAGGAUGAGGGACCUCUCUCUGAGGUCAAAGUAGAAGAAUCUCCUGCUUCUUUAAAUGAAGAAGAGCAUGUGUACGGUGGAAGUCCAGACUGGCCUGCUACACUCAACAUCAUCCAGACCUUACCCCCCCCACACUCUGACCCCAACACCAUGACCACAUCCUCUUCAUCUAGAACCAUGGACCAGAACACUGAGCUGGACAUGAAACAGUUGGAGGUCCAGAGGGAACCGGUCCCCCGAAAGGUCAUAAGGAACCCGAGGAUGUCCAACAGCUACAGAAUGACGGAGAGAGACUUCAGGAUGAUGAUUCAGCUUCGUGCUGCCAACGCCGCCAUCUUCACAGGAAAGAAGAACUCUGCUCGUCGAGGCUGGAGGGCCAUCAGUAAGGAGAUGGGCCUGUUGGGCCUGGUCUCACCACGGCAGCUGAAGAAGAAGUGGGACUACCUGCAGGAGAGGUACAAGUUGUUGAAGAACCCUCCAGCAGGCAUGGAAAACAUGUCCAGACCAAGUUCUUGGCGGUGGUUCCACCUGAUGGACCAGGCCUUGAGCGGUAAGCUGGCCGGGACUGGAAAGAUCCUGAGACCCUCUCAGAUGGACGAAGACGAGGAGUUGAACGUCAGCCUGCAGCCGCUCAGCCCUUCAAACACAGAGGAAGACGCUUCUGGACUGGAGAUCCUGGAGACGGGAAGUCUGCAGGGGGAGGACAGGCUGAUGGACGUCACCGAGGUUAAAGUUGGGGACAUGGACGUACCAGAAGACGGAGGAGACCAGGUGUACACCAGGUGCCACGACUGGCAGCCCGCUUUGAACCUAGACCCCACCUUACCGCUGCACUCUGACGGGGACAACAUGGCCCCCACGUCCUCCUUCUUCUCACCCAGAAACAUGGACCAUGAGACCAAUGACUUGGAGCAGAAACUGUCAGAGCUCCAGAGGGAGCGGAUGGUUCUGGACCGGGAGCAGACCGAGUUCGACAAAGAACUGAUCGCCUUAGAGAAAGACAGGGAGCUCCUGAACAGGGACAUGGUCACAGUCCAGAGAGAGAGGACGGCGCUGGACAGAGACCGAGCAGCCGUGGAGAGGGACCGGGCGCUGGUGGAGCGAGACCGGGCCUUCCUGGAGCGGGACAGAGCAGUUCUGGAGAAGGACAGGGUUGUUUUAGAGAAGGAAAGAGAGGAUCUGGAGAGGGAGAGGACCCGGUUCAGGAAAGAGAGGGAGGCGGUGGCGGCGGCGGCCAUGAUGAACGGUGAUGGGUCCAAGACCGUGAGCCCUAAAGAGGUUCUACUCCAGACCAGGUUUUUUGAGAGUCUGAGGGCUGUGGAUCUGGACCCAGACCAGCUGGAGACCAGACAGAGACUGCUGUCCUUGUUUCAGAAGCUGGUGGAGAAACUGUGACAAUCAACAGUCAAAGGGCUCAGGACAAACCCGCCUCCAUCAGUCCACCAGGUCAUUGGAACAUGUUCUCUCUUUUACUUCAUCGGUACUCGACACUUUUCUACAGGAACCAAACUUUGUUUUACACUUAAGACCCCCACCCCCAGUUCCCUGAUUUCAAGGUUCCCCCACAAUGUUCUUCUGGUCUAGCUUCUCUUCCGGUUCUCAGUGAAAGUUCUCAGCCGUGCUCUGGGGACUUGAAAUCUUGAGAUCCUUUCAUCGGUUCCAACCCAGUGCUGGAACCGAGGAAGAAUCUGACUGUUCUAGGUUCUUGACUGAUACACAUGGAGGAACCUUCCUAAGUGAAGACGUUCCACAAAGGUGUUCUUCAGAGAUGAGAACUAACAAAUCCUUCUGACACAGAUUGGGCUCUGAACAGCUGGAUGUUACGUUAUGUCAUUGAACGCAUCGUUUACCUUUGCUUUCUGAGGUUUAUAAUAAAUGAUAAGUGACUGAAGACAAACGUUCUGUUCUGUCCCGCCUAGCAGUCCACGUGGGCCCCAUGAAGGCUGAACUUAGGGUACAUCAGGAAGGGACUUAGCCAUGGGUCAUACACUGGCCCACUCUAUGGGCCAUAAGUGUGUUCUGAGUAGGAUGUGGUCACUUCCAUUUGGGCUCAUUCCAUCAGACCCAUGUAGGCUUCAUAUGUGGCCCACCCAUGGGGACGGACCUCAGUGUUUUCCAAUAGGGGCUUGGCCACAGACCCCCCCCCCCCAGGCUCACAUGGACCUGCGAACUCUGUUUUUAUUAUUUUUUAUUUACCUUUUUAUUAUUUCUGUUUUGUUUCUUUUUUACGUUUGUUUUUAUUUUAUUGGUCUUGAGUCUGUAAACAUUUAAGGUCAUUAUUUUAUUACGAAUAAAAAAGUGUUCUGA